AUGACACGAACCAACAGGGAGCUGUGCAAAUUUGUCUGCAACAAGUGCAACAAUUUCAUUUACCUGAACGAAGCGUGCGAGUUGGUAUUCAAAAAAACGUACCCGGAGUAUGCCAAAAAAUAUUACGAUAUGAAUGAGCUAAGCAAAGGACGGGAAAGCAGCACAACUCCGGGACUGCACCUUCUGGACAAUCUGUAUAGGCAGAUUUAUGGUAAUGGAUUAUGUGGGGUUAACAAACAAAAGAACGACUUUGCGAACAAGGAUGGGCUCAAGAAAGUGUUGCAGUUUCUAAACAGGGGAAAUAUAAAGUGUACCAAAUGUAGCGCAACGAACAUGUGGCACGUUAAGUAG